CGGCUCAGCCACGUGGUUUUCCUUCAGGGCCGACUCAGGUUCGGAAUCGCAUACUUUUCAUUUUGAUAUGAACUACUCACUUCCCUCACAUGGACCCUAAGUACUCACUAGAACCGACCAAAGUUUCUAGCACUCCAUUAUUAUUCUUCGUCUUCGCAAAAACUUUUGUGAAUGUAUCCCGAUUGCGGUCUAGGCGCGGUGUAAUAUAUUUGCGACCUUUUCGUUAGCCACGCUCAAGGACUUACCCCCUUGGUUCAAGCGUGCCAUCAUCUUCUGGGGUAUUCCGAGUAUUCUGUCAACAUGCUAUCAGGCCCAACCAGUGAUUCAUUAAGUUGUUCUCGUCAUCUUCGAAGGUCGUCGAUAAUAAAAGAGGAAGAAUGCUUCCAAUUCCCGUCGCUUCCUCUGGCCUAGGAAAAAUACCCUUGCCUCUUUACCAUGCCUGCUACCCUUCAGAGUCCUGGACAACAUGUCCCAUUGGACGACACCAUGGGCUCGAUGCUAAUAGGCGUCGUCGUCAGCGCGAUUCUCUUUGGUAUAUCUGUUGUCCAGACCUUAUACUACUACAGUCAGUACCCCAAAGACGUAUGGUAUCUCAAGUCAUUGGUGGCGGCAACCAUUAUUUUUGAUUUAAUACACAUGCUGUUCAUCACCCACACAAUAUACUACUAUUUAAUAACGGGUUAUUAUGACCAGACUGUCCUUACUCGCAUAGUGUGGAGUGUUAUUGUGGAGGCCAUUCCAACUGGUGUCACAGGAUCUCUGGUUCAGUGUUUUUAUACCGUCCGCGUGUGGCGUCUUAGCAGGAAAAGCGUUCUGCUAACGGGCACAAUUUUGUUUUUGAUAAUAGCCGACUCGAUAUGCGGCACUGUGUGGGUAGUGUUAGCGUUACUGAGACAUACCUAUACCGAUCUCCUUCAUAUUUCGCCCCUCACUAUAUCAAUCAAUGGCAUUUCCGCCGCCGCCGACGUUCUUAUUUCAGGCAAGUCUCUGUAUAAUUCUCCAAAGGAUCAAAGACGGGAUUUCGAACGUGAGUAUUUCAAUCAGCUCGGGGCCUCAUCCUUAUUUCGUGGGUACUCUUCUAGAUCUGAUACCAUGAUAACGAAGCUGACCUUCUUUUUUGUGAACACUGGACUUUUGACGAGCCUUUGCGCAGUAGGCGCAUUGCUAUCGCUCGCAAUAUCUUCGCACACACUUAUCUACGCGUCGUGGUAUUUUUGCAUCGGCCGUCUGUACGCCAACUCGCUCUUAGCGUCCUUGAAUGGGCGAAACACAAUUCGUGGACAAACAGAAGACAUUGACCAUAUGCUCCUUUCCAUACCAAACGUUGUUUUCUCUCCGGGUAGCAAUUCGGGGUCGAAUGUGCAAAGACCUGACAUUUCCAUCAGGAUUGAAACUUCCACCCAGAAGGAUGUUGAAGCAAGCGAUUCCAAGCAGGAUGACGAUUCACUCGUCAACACGUUGGCUAAUCCGUCGAAGUCAUCUCUAUCAUAAUCAUAUGAAGGCUGGACAACUUGAUUGAAUAGUGAAUUCGACUCAGUUAUCGGCUUACCAGGUCAGAAUCAGAUUUAACCUAUAUUAUUCCUAUAUAGUCACGAGUAGCUUGUUCACGUAAAUAUAUAUCAGAGUUAUGGUUUGCUCAACGUGGGCU